AUGGCCAUCGAUGAGGAAAGCGACGACGCCGCCGCCUCCGACAGUGGGGAGUCGGUGGGCUCCAAGGCGGAAGGCAAGGAGGAGGUGCCCCUGGAGCUUGACUCCCGCUCGCAAGGGCUCGGUGAGUCGAGUGAUUCAGAGGAGCCAAACCUCUGCGCCCGAUGCUGGACGAGACCGCCGACGAAAGUUCUUUAUAACUCUCCCACCUGUGAAGAGUGCUACCAGGUGGCAAAGGAGAUGAAGGAGGGAUCCCGCGGAACGAAGCGGCGAUUCCAGCCACCGACACCUCUCGAGCCGGGCAAGAAACUGACGCGAGUCUGCGACUCGUGUCGACAGAAGCGGAAGAGGUGUCAGCACCGUCGCGUCGUAGACGCUGACGACCCUGCUGUGGCUGACCGCCGACGCAAGCGGGUCCGGGUAGAGGCACCCAUCCCAGAGGACGCAGAGUCGGAGGACCCGUCCUCAAGUUCGGAGGCCAACAAGCCGGCCACCGUCUCCAAGACCUCCACUAAGGAGGCUGCGGCCGAGCACUGCGGCUCUGCGGAGCAGAGCAUGCAGUGGGCAAUCCGACAGUCAGUCGAGACUGUCUAUCGCAGGGAGAUGGAGCGGUUGGUGGAGGUUGCUGAAGCCAAGAUGGCAGAGGCGACUGCGGCCUACGACGCCGUCACACGGCAUAUGAACGGAUGGCUCUACGAGCUAUCGAAGGGCAAGCUGAGCGGUUCAUAA